GGCACAAACGGUGUGUUCUUGGAUUGGCCAAUGUGAAAUCAAAUUUCUCAUGCUGCGUACACGGAGGAGCGCUCGAUACCGCUGAGAUGGCAUUUCAAUACACGUUCGGCUUUCAGUUCGCGUUUAGUUGCCAAUUUGUUUGCGCUCUAAGGCGGUGUGCGUCGCACAGCAAAGUUUCGUGGCGGAGCCAAUUCAAUUAAUCACGUGUAAUGUUCAAAAACAAAAUAUUUUUAUUAAAACAAACGGUUAAUUUAUUAACAUAAUUACUGUGGAAGACAAACAAACAUACAUUCAUGUACAGAUAUGCAAAUUAUGGACGAUGAAAUAUAAAUAAUGGUGUGAUUUGUGACUGGACAUAGGCGGGAAAUUCAUUGAUUGGAACAAUUAAUAGGAAUGCAAUCGAAAAAUUAAUUUUUUUAGCUAACAAAAGAAAAUAUUGAUAUUGAUUAAGAGAUACCAAAGCCUUAAGUGACUAAAGUGUGAAGUGUUGGAAAAAAACUUAAGAUAAAUAGUGUAUUCAAAUAAAAGUAGCUUAGAGUAUAAAAAAAAGCUAAGAAAUCAAAAAUAGUGUACACACACGUAAGCGGUCGGCAAGAAAAUGGGCAAGAAAAACUCCAAAUUGAAGCAGGACACCAUCGAUCGUCUAACAACAGCCACAUACUUCACAGAAAAAGAAAUCAGACAAUGGCACAAAGGCUUUCUGAAAGACUGUCCGAAUGGUUUGCUGACAGAACAAGGUUUUAUUAAAAUUUACAAACAAUUCUUCCCGCAAGGAGAUCCCAGUAAAUUCGCAUCGCUUGUGUUUCGGGUCUUCGACGAGAAUGAGGAUGGUGCGAUUGAGUUUGAGGAGUUCAUACGGGCGUUAUCGAUUACAUCACGUGGCAACCUGGAUGAAAAGCUGCAAUGGGCAUUCCGACUCUACGAUGUGGACAAUGAUGGCUACAUAACGAGAGAAGAAAUGUAUAAUAUAGUGGAUGCAAUAUAUCAAAUGGUGGGUCAACAGCCGCAAACGGAGGAAGAGAACACGCCGCAGAAGCGUGUCGACAAAAUAUUCGAUCAAAUGGACAAGAAUCAUGAUGAUCGUUUAACGCUCGACGAAUUUCGUGAGGGUAGUAAAGCUGAUCCACGUAUAGUGCAGGCGUUAAGUUUAGGUGGUGAUUAACCAAAAGAGACUUAGUUUAAUUCUGCUACAGAUUAAACGAGGAAACUAAACGGAUAUAAAAACAAAAUAGUUAAACAAAAAAAUAGUUAAAAGUACACUGCAGGAAGAAAUAAUAGCAAAGUAAUUGUAACUACAAAAUAAUAAUAAAACAAACAAUAGGGAAGCAUAGAUGAUUAGAGGAUAUCAAUUUUUGCAAAAUAUUUAUGAAGGGAAGCGAGUAAAGGCAAAGGGAAGCACACUUGAUACGCACACAGGCAUACAAACAUGACUGCUAUGGUGGCUUUGGCUACCAAAAGCGCUCAACACACACACACAUGUGUAAACACUCUCAUGCAUACAUGGACAUGUACAUCCCCAUGCAGCUAUCUGAGUUACAUGACAGUUAGGUUAAUGAUACAAAAAAAUAUGCGAAAGUAGAGCAAGCGGUAGAAAAGCUUCGAAUACCGAUUACGUUAGUGGUUUGCAAAUACAAAAAAAAACUAAAAAAGCAAAAACAACAAACAACAGCAAAAGUAAUGCAAUUUAUAAAGUAUAAGCAUUGCAAAUGUAGGAGAAACGGGUUUAGCUAAGUUAAACAAUAUUCAAGCUGCAAUCAAUAGACAUAGGCGCCCAUGCAUUAAAUAGCAUACAUAUGCAAUGUACACAGAUCCAAGCGCACAUACAUGCGCGCACACAUAGUUUAUAGUGAUGUCAACGAAACGGUAAUCAAAAUCUGCCCACAAAAAUGGCGGCUAUGCGCGGCGUACACAGCAGCUCACAAAAUACAAAAUUUUUUGAAACAAAUAAAAAUAAAAAAAAUUAAUGAAAAUAAUAAACAAAAAUCAAAUUAACUUGGCAGCAUACACUUGUAAAAAGUUAAGCUAAAUUUCUGUAGAAAAUGAUGCGAAAUCAAAGUAAAUUAUAUAUUACACAUAAAUUGCGAAAUUGCGUGCAACUACACAAAAGGUCGAAUACAAAGGUGCGUUUUGAACAAAAAAAUAAAAAUGCUAAUAAACAAUAACAAAAAAAAAAAAAUUGCAAAUAUGUCCAGGUAAAACGCAAUUUAUAAACAAAGCAAGGCAAAUAAUUCAUAAAUAUGCUUGCAGGAGAAUAUUUAAAUAAAAAAGAUUAAAUUUAUAUCAAAAAAAAAACAUGCAUACGUAUUUACAAAAACAAAUUUCAGCUAUAAAAUACAUUAAAAAACUUGCUAAACCUUUUGAAAGCAUGCAGCAAAUUAAUUGCUGCGACUGCUAAUGAGAGCAUGCUUUCCUAGCGUUACCAUACUAUGCGAAAUAAUCACUGAGACCACGUGUAUUUGUAAAUAUUAGUCAAACGAAAUUGUUAUGAACAAUGACACCAAUUUAAAAUUUAUUAUAUAAAGCUAUUAGAAUAUUCAAAAAAACAAUUGCAACUUUAAAAUUUUCCCUACUACUUUUAUUUGAAUCUUAAAGCUCGUCCUUAAGACGUUAAAAAAGUUUUAAAAUAAUAUAUUACUUAUAAAAAAAAAAAUUGCAUAAAAUAAAUAUUGACUUUAUAAAUUCGAUUAGGAAGCAAUUUUAUUGCUUAAGCGUAGUAAAGAGGCAGUAGCAGCGUAGCAUAUGUGUUUAGAAAGGGAAAAUUUUAAUUGUUUUUGAAUACUCCGCACCAUAAGCUUUUAACAAACAGCAGCUUUAUUUCUGUUUUUAAACAGAAACCUAAUAAUAAUUCAAAAAAACAUUAAACUUUUUCGAUCAGCGCUUAAAUAGUAAGAGAUUUGAAAAAAAUCAGAUAAAUAUCCACACAAUUUUAUAAUUCUUUU